CGCUUUACCGUCUGAACACAGAAAGAAAACGGAUUGAUGAAACUGAGACAAAGGUUAAUCGAUGGACAUAUGGACAGAAAAAAAGAAAUAAACAAAACAAAGUUAUUCUGAUGGUGGGAGAAACUGGCGCUGGGAAAACCACCAUGAUCAACACCCUGAUCAACUACCUACUGGGAGUGAAGUUCGAGGAUGAAGAGUUUUAUCAGAUCACAGAAGAAACUGAAGAUGUAGAUAAUUCACUAUCCCAGACAUCUGUAGUCACUGUUUAUGAGGUGUUUGUUGAAGAAAACCCAACAUCUCUGACCAUCAUCGACACUCCUGGAUACGGACACACUGAAGGACUCGAGAAAGACAGAGAGAUUUCUGAGUAUCUGAUCAGAUUAUUUUCAGAUGAGGAUGGGAUUCAGUAUAUUGAUGCGGUGUGUUUUGUGAUGAAGGCGACACAGAAUCGUCUCUCUAGAAAAGAGCAUUACAUAGUUCACUCAGUUCUGUCUCUGUUUGGUAGAGAUAUAGAGAACAACAUAGUGUUUCUACUCACACAUUCAGAUGGAGGCCCUCCAACAAAUGCCCUCAAUGCCAUUAAGAAAGCAGAAAUACCCUGCAGAAGAGAUGGGAAAAGAAAGCCUAUUCACUUCUUAUUCAACAACCGACAGAAAGAGAUAAGAGACAAACAGUAUGAACAUAACUACAGAUCAUCAUGGGAAAUGGGAGCGAGAAGCAUGAAUGAGUUCUUCACAUUCCUUGAAGAAAAGAACAGAAAAAGUGUUUGGAUGACAUUAGAUGUUAUGAAAGAGCGAAUACAACUUGAGGCCUGUGUCUCGCAUCUGAAGGAUAGAAUCU